AGUUGGUAGUUCUAUUUGGUGUAGAUCUUGAUGUACCCCAGUGACAGUUUGUCUCUUUUUGGAUAUAGAGACUAGUAGCAUCAUAAAUAACAAAAUGCCGACCAUAGUAUCAUGCUUAUGCUGGGUAGAAAAAGGAAAAGCUCGUGCUAUUCCAGAGAAGGUUACGUUAGAUAAAGAGGAAUUAGAUACAUUAAUUCAAGGAAAAAAAGAUGAUGAUGAUGAUGAUGAGACAUCAGAGGCUAUGGAAGACAGUAGUGGAGGGCAAAAACAAACAGAAGAGAAUGAGGAGGGAGAGGAAGACAUAGAUCAGUUAUAUCAGCUUGAUAAGUAUGAGUCUGAUGAAGAAUUACCUGGAGAAAAGACAACAGUUGGAGGAUUAUCUGGUUUAAUGUAUUAUUCUAAUAAUGAAGAUGAUCCAUACAUUACUUUGAAAGUAAUGGAUGAUGAAGAGCAGGACUUCAUGAUCCAAGAAGAUGAUAAUCUAUUGCUUGUUGGAAAAGCUGAAGAUGAAUUUAGUUCAGUAGAAGUUCACGUAUUCAAUGAAAAGGACAAUCACUUAUACUGCCAUCAUGAAGUAUUAAUUAAUGCUUACCCACUGGCAUUGGAAUGGCUAAACUAUGACCCUGGACAGCCUGAGGAAGAAGGUAGUUUUGUUGCUGUUGGUAGUAUGUCUCCAGCAAUUGAGAUUUGGGACCUGGACCUAGUUGAUGCCGUGGAGCCCCUUGUUGUCCUGGGGACUAGCAUUGAGACAAUGACAGAGAUGAUGAAACUAGCAAAGAGUAAAUCAAAAAAGAAAAAGGAUAAAAAGAAAAAGGAUAAAAAGAAAAAGGAUAAAAAGAAAAAGAAGAAGCAUAAGAAGAAUGAGUCAUCAGAUGAUAAUGAGGAGGCUAUGGAGUAUGAUGAGAGUGAAGCAGAGGCUGCUGCUGCAAUGCUUAGCACUGGUGAAUUGGAUAGUCAUCUUGAUGCUGUCAUGGGGCUAGCCUGGAAUAGAACGGUGAGGAGUCUAUUGGCCAGCGCAAGUGCUGACAAUACUGUCAAGAUAUGGGAUCUAUCGGAAGGGAAAACUUUACUUACAUUAGAUCAUCCUGACAAAGUACAGACCAUCCAGUGGCAUCCAAAGGAGCUAUCACUGCUUGCCAGUGGAUGUUAUGAUGGGAUUGUGAGACUUUUCAGUUGUGAAGAUGGAUCACUUUUGAUGCAUUGGAAACUAAGUGGCGAAAUAGAAAAGGUGCUAUGGAAUCAUUUUCAGCCCAACCAAUUGCUGGUCAGUACAGAGAAGAGUCAAAUAUAUUGCCUGGAAAGAAAUACAGGACAACUUGUUUUCACCAUCAAUGCACAUACUGAAGCUGUGACUGAUAUUAGUCUCAGCUGUCAAAUUCCAGGACUAUUGGUCACCUCAAGCUCUGAUGACACUAUAAAGUUUUGGGAUAUACACGAGAAAUCCCCAGUUUUUCUUUAUAGUCGCCCCAUGCAUAUGGUAGCUGUACUCUGCUCAAAUUUUUGUACAGACAAUCCAUAUAUAUUAUCAGUUGGUGGACAGACCAACGGUUUUCAAGUUAUGAAUGUCCUCACACAACCACCUUUAUAUAAAAAGUGCAAAGAGAGAGGCCUUUCUGUACCAGAAUCAGUAACUGAUCCAACUGGAGCUGUGCAAGAUGAUGAUGAUGAAGAGAAAGAAGAUAAUGACGAUAAUGUGGUGAAAUCAGCAGAAAGGGAUGUUAAAGAUCGGAGUCAUAAAUCACAAGAAAAGUCAAAGGGAAAGUCUGUCGUAAAGAAAAGGGACAAAAAGAAAAAGCAAAAAGCUUAAAAUAAUAAUAUUUUAUGCUGUAUCAAUUAAGAAAGUUCAUGGCUGUAUACAUGUAUCAAGUUUAGUUGAUAAAAUAAUCAUAUGAUUAAUAGUUA